CUCUCCUUCUAUGUUUCUCAUCAUUCGGGCUCCUUAUCUAUUCCAAUAAUGUCUUCUGCUACCGAUCCCAUUGUCUCCUCCGACACGCCUGCCGCGCAGCUGCGGUGGCUUAGCCAGUGGAGAACGAUUCGAAGCCUAAAAAAGCUGCGACCUCCAAAGCUUCCAAGGCAUGAAACCAUCUGGUACCAAGAAAAACAGAUCUUCACCGACUCAUCCUCCUUUCCUUCAGUGAUCGUUUCAUUGAAAGAAAGGACCAGCUCAAGUCAGUACGCCAUUACGAAGUACAUCGAAGAGAAGCAUAAACAAUUGUCUUCCAAUUUCACGAAGCUUUUGCUCGUUCAUCUGAAGAAACUUGUCGUCGUUGAUACACUCGUUAAGGUCAAUAACUCCUACAGGCUUCCAUCAGCACGCUCUAUUCAAGCAAAGAAUGCAGCAACAUCAGUCGCCGCCGCCAAGAAACCAACGAGCUCAAAACUCAAGACCGCUGCAAGCAUCAAGAAAGCCGUCAUUGCCAAAUCGAAAGCGAAAACUUCUGCAAAACCUAAACCGAAAGCCAUGGUAAAGCUGAAGAUAGUCAAAAAAUCCAAGAGUGCAAAACCUAAGGUUGUUGUUGCAGCCAAGCCUAAGGCGGCAGAGAAGGUUAAGAAGGUUGCUCCGAAGCCUAAACCUGCAGCCAAGGCUGCAAAAGUCGCAAAAACGCUCUCGCGAACGUCGCCAGGAAAGAGAACUGCACCAGCGACAAAGGAAAAGAAGAUAGCUGCGAAGAAGCCAAAGACUUUAAAGUCGUCGACGAGAAAAGUCCAGGCAAGGAAAGUUAAGAAAUAAAUUUGUGUUAGGGUUUUUUUUGUCCUGUUACUACUGGUACGUAGGGAUGUAAACUAGGGGUAUGAGUCGAAGGAAAUCAAACUAGUGGAUUUUCAUGAGUAGCGGAAAGGAUGAUUCCAAUUCCAUUUCAAUUGAACAUAAAACAACAUGCUAUACGAUGAUACAAGGGAUAGAGGAUGUGUACAACACUCGACUGUAACAAACGGACCACCAACAGCAUGAACAACUUGAUGCUCCUCGAUCCCAAUUGAGUCCAACUUGAUUCACGAACAGAGUGAGGACAUCAUCACAAUGGUUAUCUUGGUAUUCUCGGGUGUGAGAAUACAUGAGUUAUGGGUUCUAUAUGAUCUUGGAUUAAGGAAUAGAGGAGGUAUGCGAUCGAGUAGACAAUCGAAUAAGUGGGAAAUAAAACACUGUUUAUCGCAUAGACGAUGAACUCGAUCGUUUAGUAAACACAAGCCUAUUGUUUAGACUUUGCUACUUGAUCGUGUAGCAAUGAUCAACUGAAUGACUAUCGUAUAGUCAACUCUAAACGAUCGCUUA